AUGUCCAACAACACACUCCAGACGAGCAAUUAUGAGGGCUCCUGUCAGACCAAACCUCCCCUCUCUUCUCAAGACGAGCAGGCGCUCAUACAGGAAGCCCGCGCUUUACGGGAAGAAAAGCUCAAGAAUCUUGCAAGUAUCAUCAAGAAAAUGUCCAUCGAGCUAACUACUGGAGACAUCUCCCAUGUGUACCACCGGGUUGAGGUUGGGUCUUAUCUCUUACCAGCCUCGAACUUCAUUGGCAACCAAAAUGCUGCCGAAGCCGAAGUUAUGGUCAAGCUCGCCAUGCAAGCUGCAGAUAGAUCCCGAAAUCCCCUUCUCGUUGCUAAGUGCGAGUUUUGGAUGGGUCGGGUUGAGUUUCUGCGCGGAAACAUGAGCAAAGCUCAUCAGCACUUUGUGAAAGCGAACCCUUGCGCCAUGGAUCCGAGAGAGGGCGUCGAAUGCCAGGACCUGAGUUUCUUCCUGGAUGUCACCAGGCAUGGAAUCAGUGAGUAUACUCGGGCUGCAAGACUUCGUGCUCAUGACGAGGCUAUCUUGUCCCAAGUGAAAUUUGAUAAGACUGAAAACAACUCUGUCUCGACCGAAACCAAACGCAAGCGACCAUUGAGGACUUGGAAGGGGGCUCUCGUCAAAUUACAACUACCUUUGAUUAAGCAACGUCCGCUUAUUAAAAUCAGAAAACCCCGAUGUAAGGUGCCGAUUCAACGGAAGGUGGACGAUAGGCAUCUGCAGCAAGGAAUCGACAACGAGACGAGCUCGCAUAAUCAGGUUCUUGGAAAGGUCCUUGCAGAAGAGCUUGGGUACGAGUCUUGGGGCGAUUCUGAUAAUGACACCGACACUGACACCGAUACCGACUCUGAGGAUGAGUUCGAAGAUGAACACAGCGGAGGCCCUACAGAUAGUACAGAUGGCACUGGAGGUGUCAACACAGAUGGUGCCACAGGUGACAAGUCAGCAAAUACUCCAAGCGUACCCGAUGAACUCGAGCAAUCAGAGCCCUCCACUAAGCCGACCACAGAUCCAGCUAAAGUUUCGACUGAUCAAGCUGCGUACGAAAUGCCCGAAGCGGGAUCGGCCCGGGCCCGGUUCAGACAAGAAUGUUUUCAGAUGGGCCUCACGUCAGCACUCAAUGGAGAACCUUACGAACGACCCAAAGAACCAUUUGUGUUUGGAAUCCCUCACGAACCGACAAAGCAGACCCAGUUCCGGCUCGGGUUUUUCAAAGUCGGCUUGGCAAAACGCAGUCGCCCAAUGACCAUUUUUCCGAAACAGGAUGGUGAGAUCACUAUUUCUCCCGAGGAGUGGAAAUCUAUCGAACAGGAUGCUCGUCGGAAGAUUGUCACUUAUGAUUACUUGCAAAGAGAAAGACAUGAGCUGCUCAAGGUUGCCGAGGAGAUGUAA